AUGGUCGCAGAAGAACGAGAAGUUUGGGACAAACCUAUUGAAUUAUUACUUUCGCUUAUCGGGUGUGCCGUAGGAUUUGGCAAUGUAUGGAGAUACCCGUAUAUUGCUUACAAAAAUGGAGGAGGUGCAUUUUUGAUCCCUUACUUUUGUAUGUAUAUUUUGGUGGGACUGCCGCUUUAUUUUCUUGAACUGGCUUUGGGACAAUUUGCUUCGAUUGGAGUUUCAAAAGUAUUUCAGUUAUCUAGCAUAUGGAGAGGUCUCGGAUGGUGUAUGGCUUUGCAAGCAUUCACAACUUCAAUUGUAUACAAUAUGAUAAUUGGAUGGGUGUUUUUCUAUUUGUUCGCAUCAUUUCGAAAAAAAUUACAGUGGACAACAUGUACAAAUUGGUGGAAUACAGAAGGAUGUAGAGAAUUAGGCAAAAAUAUGACAUUAUCUGGAAUUCAGUUUUGUGGAGGAAUUAAUAAUAUCACAACCAAUUGCACUGUUCCUAAAUUAGCUGCUGCAGAAUAUUUUGAGAAUUAUGUAUUACAAAAAAGUGAUUCAUUUUCCAAUUUUGGUCUUCCAACAUGGAAACUAUCAUUAUGUCUAUUAUUUAGCUGGAUUUUAGUAUUUUUAUGUAUCCGACGAGGCAUAAAAUCAUCUGGAAAAGUUGUAUAUGUCACUGCCUUGUUUCCUUAUGUUGUCAUAUUUGCACUCAUUAUCCGAGCGGGUAUUGCUAUUUUUUCGGUCAUGGGUUUCAUGGCCGAUAAGGUACAUUUACCAAUCAGUGAAGUUGUUGAUUCAGGCCCAGGAUUAGCUUUUAUUGCUUAUCCAGAGGCAAUGGCACACAUGCCACUCUCACAGUUGUGGGCGGUUUUAUUUUUUUUGAUGAUGAUCACGCUAGGACUUGAUUCACAGUUUGCAAUGUUUGAUGUUUUAAUAUCAGCUGUGCUCGAUACUUUUCAAUAUCUACGACCUCAUAAAACGAUUGUAACCAUGAUACUUUGUGCAAUUACCUUUUUACUUGGUUUACCAUUGUGUGCUCCAUCUACGACACCGCACUAUCUUCGAGCAUUACAACAUUCCACUUGUCCAUCUCGUCAUUGGGGUCCAUUUUUGGCAGAAAAUAGACAAGGACGUUAUGUAAUGAUAAAUGAUCAACAAGAUGUUGAAACUAGGGAUUUAAAAACUGAUAAAUCAUAUGGAAUUGAUAAUGGAACGUUUACUCCUCGCAUGGAUCGUUUUUAG